UAGUUGUGCGCGCGCCCCGACUGAGUUGGCUGAAGUUUGACGCGCCGGUUGCGUGCAGACAGAUAGAAGCUCCAAAGGCGCUGUAAACUAUGCAGGAUAUUUCUCCGAUACUGGACUGAAUUCACUGCUUUAGGCGUGAUAAGACGUCGGGCGCCUAAGCUCGCUUGUGUGACCAUGACGGGAACUAUAUUACACUCCACCUGCACUUAGUCCAAGGGACUUGUGUGUUUCAUCAUCCGAGGAGGUUAAUACUUUUUGGACCAGGACAAGAGUCUCUGUGCGUUUUUUGUGCGCGCGCCACGCGUCAACAAGUGGAUGGAAACUUUCACUUUAGAUGCUUGGAGCGAGUACUGUAGGUCUAGGUAACUGUUGAGUGUGGAGAUUUGGGCAAGUAAUUGAUUUUUUCCCCCCUCCGAGUUUAUUGUCGGCAUGAGUGGAGCGGUAGUUUUCCACAUGUGCGUGGCGCUUUUAUUGCUGCUGGGCGCAGGAGCAGUUGUGAGAGCUCAGGUUUCCAUGGUCAAAGUCAUACGGGGCAACUUCAGGAGAGACGAUGUAUACCGAAAAGAGGACAACAUCACCGUUAUACCGCCAGGUGGAGUCAUCAAUAGCCCACGCUUCCCCAACUCGUAUCCACGCAAUCUGCUUUUGUCAUGGACUCUGGUGUCACCAGCGGGAAGCCGGAUACACCUGGAGUUUGACAAUCAUUUUGGCUUGGAGGAGGCCGAGAACAACGUGUGCAGAUAUGACUUUGUUGAAGUGGAGGACCAAUCAGAGACCAGCACUAUCAUUUGGGGUCGCUGGUGCGGACAGAAGGCACCGCCGAGUCUCAACUCCAAAUCUAACAUCCUCAAAAUAACCUUCAAAUCUGACAAUUAUUUUGUCGCAAAGCCGGGAUUCAAAGUCUACUAUUCAUUUCUGCCUGACACCCUUCUGCCUGCAUCCCAAACCAACUGGGAGGUUGUCACCACGUCGGAUCGCAGUCCUGUGGGGCCGGCAGCAGUCACUGAAGUACCGCUCUCAUUAGAUGACCUGGACCGAACCAUCGCUGCCUUUGACACUGUGGAACAGCUUCUGAGAUCGCUGAACCCGGACACUUGGAAACAGGACCUGGACAGCAUUUACACACAAACACAUAUUCAUUAUAGAUCCAGGGCUUAUCAUCUGGCAAGCAGGCACAACAAAGUUGACCUGGAUCGCCUUUACGAUGACGUAAAGCGGUACAGCUGCACCCCUCGCAACUACUCUGUCAACCUGCGUGAGGAGCUUAGGGUUACCAACGCCGUCUUCUUCCCCCGGUGCAUGCUGGUCAAGCGCUGUGGUGGCAACUGUGGAUGCGGCACAAAUAACUGGAAUACCGGCUGCACCUGUCAGGCCUCGAAGACAACGCUCAAACUUCAUGAGGUGCUCAAGUACGCCCCAGAGACCACUCUGUACCAGCGCCAUCGCAGGACAAGGGUGCGCUGGGUCAUCGAUGAGAUAUUCCUCACACAUCACGACAAGUGUGAAUGUGCCUGUCCCUCGCAGCCUCCUCGCUGAGAUAUUGACACAAACUAUCUUGAAUUGUUGGACACCUUCUGCCAUUUUGCCUUGAACUUUUUUUAUGCAACCAGCUAUGCAGUAAAUGCAGAGAAGAAAUUAUUUGACAGAUGAUGCACACUUUACGUAACAGUAAGUACGCCAGAGGAAUCAUCGCGAAACUCAACUUGAAGACAAACAGUAAUGCAAAUACAUUUGAUUGCAUGAGUUAAGUUCAUUUUCAGAUGUCUUUUCUGCCGCUGGCAAAGAAGGUAUGGGGGGGUGGACGGGGGUAUGUGAAUCCAAGCUGAUGGUCAUUCUAAACUAAAGGCUAAAAAAGCAGUUAUUUAUAAUACGGAAUUCCCCACCCUUCUGAUUUUCCACAUAGCCCGUCUUUGUUUUGUGCACAUUCCUGUCUACAAGAAUUCCAGCAUCCCUUUGUCCUUCACUGUCUGUACUGUGUUCCCUCCCUUUUGUUUCUUCCCCAAUGUCUCUUUUAACACACACGCACACACACACACAAACACACACACAUUCUCUCCUAUCGCUCAGUACCAAACACAUCAGAGAUGUCAGCACAGGCUAUUGCACUCUGCCCAGUUUUCUGAGCGUUCCGGGAAUUCCAGUCGCUAACUGGUAAUUCUGCUAACACCAUACACCCUCAGACCUGAAAAACAUCCCAGAAGAAAGGAAUAGACAGAAAGUCAGGGAGACAGACACCUGGCAAAUGCGACCGGAUAAUUCUUCAUAACAUUUACUAUACAUACAGGAGUGCACCGUACGGGCAACAGUCAUUAAUAAAUGAGGAUUUGCAUCCAUCCUGAAUCUUAAUUGAUAAUCCUAUGAAGACUUUUUGGAAACAAUUUUUUACAGCAUAAUUGUGUCUCAGUGCACAAAAAAAUAAAUAAAGGCAGGGAUAAAUGGAUUUUAUUUGGACGAACCACUCGAUAGCCUUGACUUCAAUUUCAUCACGCUCCUUUGGGAUGAACUACAAUUUAGCUUGCAAUUCCAGGACCUUUCAGUGACCUCACAAAUAUUCUUAUACAUAAUUGUGCCAAGAUUCCAACAGGCACACUUAAACAUCUGAGAAAGUCCUCACUGAAAAGUUGAAGAUUAUUAAGCUGUGAGCCACUUCUAAUUUUCUAUCAUUUACACCUUCAGUUAACCUGCUCAUGUUUGCAUUUUUAUUUGCCGAGAAUCCGUUUCUUACACACGCAGCCUUGUAAUCAGCACUUUAAAGCACACUUUUAUGCCAGUUACAAUUAUGCUAUUUUUGUGAGUGAGUGUGUGUGUGACUUUGUGCAGUGUUUUCGUCUAAGGGCUGAAGAAGGUUCCCAAAGGAGGCUGCAAGAAAUGCCGGCAGGAACAUUGAAGAAAUCAAGAGAAAAAAAAUCCCCAAAUGAUAUUGUACUGUUCAAUGGUUCCUUUUUUUCUAGCACAAUGGAUCUGUUGGAUCUGGUGUGCCAUUGCUCUGAUUUGACCGCACACAUCAUCACUAACAAAUGAACUGACACAGAUAAUGUUUUUACGCUACUAACCGUAGCACAUAUGAAUGCUCGGCCGCUUCCAUGUCUCUGUAUGUUGUGGCCAUUUGUUUCAUUUGCAUGCCAAGCUGACAAGGAAAUGCUCUUGUAGCUUGAACGCUGGAUGUUCAAAUUAGUCAGCAACUUUUGCUAAAUGUUGAGUUCCAAUAUUUGUUUGUGUUUGUGUGUGCUGUGUCUUUCAGUGUGACAGUGUUGUGCUCACCAAAAUGGCUUUCAGGAAAAAACAGAAUCCAAAAUGCCAUUUACAGCUACUUGUGCAACAUUUUACAAAACUGUCUAACCCUUUCUUUUCUUUUUUUUUUAUUUCUCCUCCCCAUUGGUGACUCACACAUCAAACAUGAUCAGCUCGGUUAAUCCAGUGAAUGUUCGAGCAAGGUAAAAGUGCUGCUUUUGCUGUCUUUAGAAUAUUCAUGACAAAACUGUAGGCUUUAAUUUAUUGUGUCUUUCUCAGUUGUUUUGUUUGGGGGAAAAUCAGCUGGAUGGUUUUAAUAAAUAAAAUAUUUGCCGCAUCA